AUGGCCCGAGGCUCCGGCCACGCCUACGGCAAUGCCCCUCUGUCAACGGCUACACUCGCUAGGACUAGUAUUAAUAUUUCUCAAAUUGAUCCGGCCCUUCUUGAGCCUACGGCAGCACCUACGGCAGCGCAUACGGCAGCGCAUACGGCAGCGCAUACGGCAGCAGCGCAUACAGCAGCGCAUACAGCAGCGCAUACAGCAGCGCAUACGGCAGCGCAUACAGCAGCGCCUACGGCUACACCUACAGCUGCACCUGCAGCUAAGAAGCGCGGUCGGCCGCCUGGUGCAAAGGAUAAGGUACCACGGAAAAAGGCACAAGCUCAGAGGCAAGAUAGCGCUCAGCCUACGCCUCAGCCUAUACCUCAGCCUCAGCCUCAUCCUCAAGCACAGAGGCUUAGCCGAGAGGAGCUUCUAUGUCAGCUUACAGCGUAUAAUAAGGAAAUCGAAGGGUAUAUUGAUCAGGGUGAAGAGUAGGUGUAGGCGGCGAUGCUAGGGGGCCAGGCUCGAUGCAAAAGAGCCGUAAUAUGGUGAGGUUUUGAC